AAAAUAAAACAAGACAUAAAAACUGUUCAAGAGCAGUUGAAAAGUUUUAAAUCAGGAACUAAUGCUUACCUUAGCCAACUUUACCAGAGUGAUAAACCGAAAUUUGAUAAAUUAGAGAGGGAUUUAUCCAGUUUUUCAACGUCAAGUCAAACUGGUUCACAAAAAACUCCGUGGGGAGUAAUUAUUCCUGUUUCUUUGGUGGCAGUAUUAAUAGUAGCAGCCGCGGCAGUAGUGAUAAAUGCUUUUGUAAUUGAAAUAUUAGAAAAAAAGAAAAAAAUAUUACUAGGAAAAACUGUGCUUGACGAGUUUGCUUGUGGUGGCACGGGACUUCACGCCGCCACUGGGCCAAUUUUUAAUCCUUAUAAUGAUUCUCGCCAUGAUACCGGAGAUUCUAUUCGUCGCCCUGCUUCUUACUGCGGAAUAGUGGGAUUUAAGCCUUCUUACGGAAUAAUUUCGCGGGCUGGGAUCAUUCCCAUGGCUUCCUCUUUGGAUACAGUUGGGAUUCUGGCCCAGAAAACACAAGACAUUAAAUCGGUAUUUGCCAUUACUUCCCAAAAGGACCCCCAUGACCUUCUAACAGUAGCAACCAGAAGCAAAUCAUUAUCUCCCAAAAAAAAUAAAAUAGCGGUUGUAGCGGGAAUAGAAAAAUAUUUGCCAAAUGAACUAAGCAAUUUGUAUCAUAAAACUAUUGAAAAAUUGGAAAAAAGAGGAUGUACCAUUGAAAAAAUAACCAUACCCAAAAAAAUACGAGAACAUCUGCAAAUUACUUAUCUUAUUCUUUGUUCUAGUGAAUUAGUUAGUCAUCUCAAUUCGCUCCAAGGAGUAACUUAUGGAAUUAAAGAGAAU